UGAAAUGGGUGGGAUUAGUAAUUUGUGCAAGUUUAGGGGUAAAAAUAAAAUUUGUUUCAGGGUAUAACAAAUGGGAAAAAAUCAUCUGAAAAUCACACAAAUCGAAUUCUGACUGCCUUCUCUUGCUUCUGAAUCUCUCGUUUUCCGCUAAGAUGGAGUACUCCCUCUCCUCUCUUGCUUUUAGAGGUUCUAUAACAGAAGCAAUUGCUGAAUCAAAACAACAGAAGAAGCUUUUUGUUGUCUAUACUGCAGGUGACAAUCCAAACUCAAAACUCUUAGAAACAUCCACAUGGAUUGAUCCCAAAGUUUCUGAGACAGUCUCAAAGUACUGCAUUUUGUUGCACAUCUUGGAAGGAAGCUCUGAAGCAUUGAAUUUUUCAGCAAUAUACCCACAGCAAUCUUUCCCUUGUAUAACUGCUGUUGGAUACAAUGGUGUACUACUUUGGCAGAAAGAGGGUUUUGUCCACGCUGACAUGCUUGCUUCUAGUCUCGAGAAGGCUUGGUUAAGUCUUCAUGUUCAGGAAACAACUGCUGCUUUCUUGACUGCUGCAAUUGCUAAACAAUCUGCCUCUGGAUCUUCUGAAGUUGCUUCUCCUGAACAAGUGAGAGCAGGAACAGGUGUGCCGACUUCAACGACAAAUGGUGCUACCCCAUCUGUGGGUGCUGGACAACCCUUGCAUUCGGAGACAAAAGAAAAUGUGAAUUCAAAUAAAGAUGCUUCUGAGGGUACAUAUUUCAAAGGAGAUGAUGUGGCUUUACCCAAACCAGCUAUUGCCAAUGCGUUGGACAAUGGUGAACUUGAUGAGUCUAUUUCUGAAACUGAAACAGGAAAUGCAUCAAGGAACCUAGUUGAGAUAGGUCAAAAUAACCCUAGAGCUGCAUUGCCUCUCGCAGAAGAGAAUUUAGAUGGCGGUGAUGCUCAUUUGAGCGAUAACAGAGAGAUUGUCAAAGAAGCCAGUGAAGUGGCACGUGUAGAUACAGUUGAGAAAGCUGAAGCUUCAUCCUCUACCACUAAAUCAAAUGAUGUUUUUCUAAAUAUCAGAUUGCCUGAUGGUUCGAGCUUACAAGUGAAGCUUUCCAUGACGGAUACCUUGAAAAUGGUCAAAGAUUAUAUAAAUGAAAAUCAAACAAGCAGCUUGGGCUCCUUUAGUAUAGCUAUUCCUUACCCUCGUAAGGUGUUCAACGACCAAGAUAUGGACGAGAAGCUAUCAGAACUGGGCCUUUCCAACAGGCAGGCAUUGAUAGUGGUUCCGCAGAAACAAAAUAAUUCCCAAUAUAGGGGAGGAUCUUCACAGUAUCAAAGUCAUUCCUCAAACGAAGCUGGCUCGUUGAAUGCAAGUGAAGGAUACUGGGGUUCUGUGAAAAGAAUCUUAUCUUACGCAAACAUUUUCUCUUACCUUGGCAGAAGCAAUUCCACUAGUGUGGCUCAGGAAUCCCAAAGUGGCGGCAUGUGGCAAUAUAGUCCAAAUCCUUCGCUCCACAAUACCCUAAGGGACGCAGGUAGGGUUCCCGGAAUGCAGUCAUCUGAGCAAAGUGCGCCUGCAAUGGCUAGUGGCAGCAACAGCCGGAGGCGUCCGCUAACUUCUAGCUACGGAGGCAAUAUCCACACCUUAAAACAUGAUGACGAUGAUGAUAGAUUCAACGACAAAAACGCGUUCUGGAAUGGAAACUCAACACAAUUUGGUGGGAAUGAUGAUCGGAAGUAAGUUGUGCUACUCGUCUUUGGCUACUGCUGUACAGGAAAGAUCUCAUUCCAAGUCACCAGCCAGGUUUUUUUACUUCUCUUCAUACUAACCUUUUGAUGGUUAUGAACCCUAUAAUGAUGAAUGUAUACACAUAUAUAUUUAUAUGUGGGGUAAUAAACUAAUUAUUUUGGUGGUGA